UUCUCUGUGCUUUGGAACAGCUGACUGUGCUGUGGGUGUUGUGCGAGAUUGCUUACUUCGAGUUGAUAGCAAAACAGUCGCUAGAUAGCGGUUUGAAUUUUUGUGCUGUUUGGGCGCUGAUAAUCAUUUACAUCACAACAUGGCUGAGACGGACCCCAAAUCGGUGCAGGACCUUACCAAUGUGGUUCAGACUCUGCUGCAACAGAUGCAGGACAAGUUCCAGACCAUGUCAGACCAGAUCAUUGGAAGGAUUGAUGAAAUGAGCACACGUAUUGAUGACUUGGAAAAAAACAUUGCUGACCUGAUGACCCAGGCUGGUGUUGAGGAGAUCGAGGCAACACCAGAAAAAGCUAAAGAGGGUCAAGGAUCAUAAUGAAGGUUCCUAAAUCACAAGGUGUGAAGUCGGUCCUGUAUUCAGGAGCAGCAGACUUUCCAUUCUGAAAAUGACUAAUAUUGAUUUGGUGUGUCGUUGUGUGAAAUGCUUUUUUAUAUAUUGUGAAACGGUUAUGUAAUGACUUGAAAAUUUGAACGUUACUUGUAAGCUAGAAUAGUGUGACAUGCCCUUCAGCACCUCAAGUGCUCAUGUGCAGGAUUGCAGAUUUAGCGUACUAACCUGGAGGUUAUUUUCAUAUACAUGUAUAUCAGUAAUUGAAGUCCUUGACACGAAAGCAGACAGUGAUGGUUUUGCCCUAGCCUCUGGUGAGGACUAAAACUUGCAGGCUAACAGGUUAGUAGAACCUCCAAUCCAAUGUCCGCACCAACAUGGUGCAGCGAAUCUCUAAAGCUAGCAGUGUUUCACAAUGAGCACUGUUACAACCAUUGUGUGGGAUGCAUUCCAAUCCUGAUAGUCUUCUAUUAAAGCUAUUUAAUACACA